AUGGAAGGCGUAGUCAAUCUUGAGCCUGGUCUGCCGGAUUUUUGUACCCCAAUUCUUGCAAAAUGUCUGAAAAUGGAAUACAUUAACCAGAAACCUGAUCAACUGACUAUAAAUCAGUAUGAACCUGGACAAGGAAUCCCUCCUCAUAUUGAUACUCAUUCUGCUUUCGAAGAUGAAAUAAUAUCUCUAAGUUUAGGAGCUGAGGUAAUUUUUUUUAAAAAAAAAUCUUUCAAAUAUUUCUCCUGUAAUAAAAAAGGGAGUGAAAUCAUGACUUGUGUUUUAUUUCAAAGUAUUACACCAAAGAAAUUUGACGUCGUUCAAGCAUCAGAAGGAGAGAACGUUGGAAGCAUCACUGCUGACAUCAGAAAGUUAACCUUAAACAAAAGGGGAAAGAGAAUAUCUUUCACUUUCCGGAAAAUAAAGAGAAGCCCUUGUUGCUGCUCAUUUGCUUCCGUAUGCGACAGUCAGCAUAAAGAGAGGGCGCCUUUGUUUCACAAUAGUGACAAAGAUGCCUCUGUGCUAGAGCAGAAGUACGUCCAUGAAGUGUAUGAAGACAUUGCCAGGCAUUUUAGCAACACCAGGCAUAGUCCGUGGCCACAAGUGAUGGAGUUCCUUAAAGGCUUGCCGUGUGGGGCUAUUGUGGCUGAUGUUGGCUGUGGCAAUGGAAAGUACUUAGGCCUCUGCAAAGAGUUGUAUAUGUUGGGCUGUGACCGUAGUAAGACUCUGGUAGACAUCUGUGGAGAGAAGGAAUUUCAGGCUUUGGUGUGUGAUGCGCUCACUGUGCCAAUAAGGAGUGGUUCUUGUGAUGCUUGCAUAUCCAUUGCAGUCAUCCAUCAUUUUUCAACAGCGGAGAGGAGGCUGGCUGUGCUCUGUGAACUGACUCGGCUGCUGAGACCUGGUGGAAAAGCACUUGUUUACGUUUGGGCUAUGGAGCAGGAAUACAAGGAGCAGAAGUCGAAGUAUCUGAAAGGGGAAAAAGUUAGCGAUAAAAGGCUUGGCAAAGCUGUCAGCGGCAUGCUGAAUAAAACAGGCAGCACCGAAUGCCAAGGUUUGGCACAGCCCAGCAAGGACUGUAAUGAGCCUAAGGGGACAAGCAAUAGCCCAAGCCAGGUGGUUCCUGCCAGCCUUCCAGUUCAUACAAAUAGAACUUCCUUUGAAACUCAAGAUGUUUUGGUCCCUUGGCACCUGAAAGAUGGGAUGAAGAAGAAGACAAGGCAUACUGAACUUUGUCAGCCUCUGGAUGGCGCUAUAUCUGCUCCAGAACCCAACCCUGUUUUUCACCGCUAUUACCACGUCUUCUGUGAGGGUGAACUGGAACAGCUGUGUAAACAGUUAGACUGCAUAAAGGUGGAAGGAAGUUAUUAUGACCAAGGAAACUGGUGUGUGGUUCUUGAAAAGCAGUGAUGGCUUCACAGUUCCACGGAGGCAGCUGUGUCUUUGAUGGAUUUAUUGAUACAAUUAAUUCCACGGGUAUUUCUAAAACAUGGUUGGCUACCCUGGCAUUUGGCGGUUGUUCUUAUAUUUUAAAAAAAUAAACAAAUACCACUUUUACAUGCUUCGAGGAGAGCGAGCUGUUUUUCUUCCCCUAUUUAUGAAAUUCUAGCUUGAUGAUCAGAUUUCACAAUCAUCCUUGCAAUUUACAGAGGUGUUGGUUCUAGGAUAGUAAAGGCCAACCUUUUCAGCACCAAGUGCUGAAACGAAAGCACAGACAUGGGGGAGUUCCAGAAACUGGAAGAGAUGCUCCCUGGUGUGCAUACGCGCACCGGGAAGCUGAGUUUCUGGUUUCCGGUGCGUGCCAGCUACCUAGUCUUUCAGUUUCUGGCAUGCAGGCGUGCACAAAUACCAGCUGGUCAGCAUGCACGCGCAUGCUAAAAACCAGAAGUUCAGCUUCCUGGCGCACGCAUGCGCACUGAGCUGCUCUUCCCAUUUCUGGCAUUCCCGCACACUGAAUACCAGCUGGCCAGCACAUGCGCGCACCAGAACCCGGAAGAGCAAU